AUGGCGGAGAAGAGUAAACUCGACACUAUCGAGUAUACUGCAGAAGUCAAUAAUACCUCUGGUUACGAGGAUGCGGGAUUACCUUCUCCUCCAACACUCACUCCAGAGCAAGAGAAAACGCUCUGGAAGAAGGUGGACCGACGUAUCCUGCCCAUCUUAACCAUCAUGUACUUUUGCUCUUUCCUGGAUAGAGGGAAUGCGAAGCUUCAAGGCAUUGUUACGCAAUUAGAUUUGACAGGGAAUAAGUAUAACAUUGCUUUGCUCAUUACUUUCGUAUUCAAGCCGUAUUGCCUUUGCGAAUGCCCAGCAAAUAUGGUGUUGAAGAAGUUCAAACCGUCUAGAUGGCUGCCAGGAAUUACACUUCUAUGGGGCAUCAUUAUGACGCUCAUGGGGCUUGUGAAAACUUAUCCACAGCUUGUCGGAACGCGCAUAUGCCUAGGUGUCGCGGAAGCAGGCUUAUUCCCGGGCGUUGUGUACUACCUCACCCUUUGGUACCCUCGCCACAUGCUUCAAUUCCGCGUCGCCCUCUUCUACGGCGGUGCGACGAUAGCAGGUGCCUUCUCUGGUCUACUGGCCUUCGGGAUCUCUUACAUGUCGGGCACUGCCGGCUUGCUUGGGUGGUCAUGGAUAUUUAUUAUUGAGGGAUUGACAACGGUGGUAGUCGGCUGCAUAGCAUUCUUCGGCGAGUUCCUUCGAGUUAUGCCCCUGCUGGUAGACUUCCCGAGCACCGCCAACUUCCUGACGCUAGAAGAGCGCUCAUACAUUAUCUGGAAGAAGAAGUACGACAAUUCCUCCGUAGGAGAAGAAGAACACUUCGAGAUGCGGCACCUCGUAGCAGCAUUUACGGAUUGGCAGGUCUGGGUGUUGAUCCUAGUUUACAUGUCGAUUAGUGCCCCUUUAUGCGGAAUCUCUCUUUUCCUACCAUCCCUUAUCAAUGGCUUCGGAUAUGAUACUGCCAUGAGCCAGCUCCUCACGGUGCCGCCAUAUAUAUGCGCUACCAUCGUCUUGGUCAUAUUCGCUGUAUGGUCCGACCGUAUUAAGAAACGAUCUCCGUUCAUUCUCUCUGGCCUUGUGAUGUGCACCAUAGGUUUCGCCAUCAACAUCUCCAAUGCGCCCAAUGGCGUGAAGUACUUUGGGACCUUCUUCAUGGCGUCAGGAACCUACGGGACAUUUCCGGGUGUGGUCGCAUGGCUCGGCAACAAUCUGGCCGGCCAAUAUAAGCGAGCAGUUGGGAUGGCGCUACAGAUCGGCAUUGGCAACUUUAGUGGAGCCAUCGCAUGUAACAUCUACCUCUCAAAGGACGAGCCGCGGUAUAUCAUGGGCCACGCGCUCGAGUUGAUGUUCGUAGGCAUUGGCUACACCUUCUUGCCCAUCGCUGUCCUGGCGUACAGGCACAUUAACAACAAGAGAGAUGCAAAUCAACGAGAGAUGAUGAAGAAAGGCAUUGUAUACUCCGAUGAGGAUAUGACGAGGAUGGGGGACCGUGCUCCUGACUUCCGUUAUACGCUGUAAUACUAACACGUAGAUCAAUGGCUCACUCAGAUUCUAC